GCUUCACCCUGUCAGUGGGUCUGGGAGUAGGGUUCGCCUGCAUCGCUGUUGUCGCUACCGGCAUUCUCUUCCUUAUAUACAGGAAACUUCAGUCACAACACGACCUCUGGUGGUGGAAAAUUGAAUUGGAUGAACUUCAAAUGAAUGACCGAAAACUUGGCAGCUCGAUUUUCAGUUUCUUAUCUCAGAUGAGCGUCAGGGAGAGAACAGACACGUCAACACAUGACGAAAUCAAUAAGGACGUCGCUGUUUAUAAGGGAAUUCCCGUACGGCUGAAACGCCUACACAUCAAAGACAUCCUGCAGAAUAACAAGGAACUGCUCCAAGAGUUCAAAAUGAUUCGGGAUAUCAACCAUGCCAACUUGGCCCGACUGUGUGGGGCGUGUUUGGAUGCCCGCAGCAGGGUAUUAGUAGGAGAGUACUGUCCGAAGGGAACGCUACAGGAUCUGUUGGGCAACCCCCAGAUUAAACUGGACGCGCAGUUUAAGUUUUCUCUUGCAAUCGACAUCGUGCAGGGGAUGUGCUUCCUCCACGACAGCCAUCUACGUCGUCACGGUCGUCUGAAGAGCAGCUGUUGUCUGAUUGACAAUCGUUUCACUGUCAAACUGGCUGACUUUGGGCUGCAGACGUUGUACAGCAACAUCACCGUUGACAAAUCAUCCCAGGAAUAUCUUAACGGUGCGUCCAGUGAAUGA